UAACAGUAACUUCGAAUUGGUCUGUGCUCUUUAUCUCCUACUUAAAGCGUUGACAAGUGUCUCUUCAAAAUCUCUCAGGUCAAGUAGCUAUGCCACACGUUUGCGGCUAACCUUAAGGUUGACGAUGAUCGGACAGCUACAGACUUUUGAGUAUGAAACGCAACGAGUGGAUUUACUACGAUGGGUUCCAGUGCGUUGAGCGUGUUCUUGGGCACCAUUUCCGGCAAUGAGCAAGUGCCCACCGGCUCAUCGAGCUCGAGGACGCGUGGGAAUAACAUGCCAAGAUACGACGAGGGUUUGAGACCGAGGAAGAGAAGUUCUGAGCCGGUGCAGCUCUUAGAGAGUCAGCACAACGGUAUAAUUGCUUUACUGUGCAAGAUGCUCUGCGUUUCGAUUGUCGUGAGCCCCCUUGCCCUUCCCUACUGCUGGAGCGGCCCGUCUCGAGCACGAACGCCCAUGAAUGUGACAACCACGACAAACGUGAAUCCAUUAGAAAUUUCUGCUUCGUUCUGGUGUGUCAAUUGUCUUUGAGUAAGCUACAAUCGGAGCAGAAACGAAAAGAUACAGCACCCGAGUAUUCCCAGCUGGUCUCCCACGCUAGUACUGACUGGGCCCUAUGAUGCUUAACUUAGGAGAUCGGACGGGAUCCUGUGCUUUCAUCAUGGUAUGGCCGUAUCUGACAGUAUGUCC